GCAUUGAGGUGCCUUAACAACCGUGACAACACCAGCUGAUCGUCCUGUCACAGCCAGGAAGGACUCUUGGGAUUGCAGACAGCUGUUAAGACGGCUAAACCAGCUGUUAGGAAGGAUAAACCAGCUGUCAAGGAAGCCAAACCAGCUGUCAAGAUUGCUGACAAGGCAUUUAUCGGGCAGGGUUGGAUGUGGGCUGCUGGUGUUGCAGGAUUGCUAGUUACCUUGUUUGUGAGUGCAGCAUGGGGCUGGGGCAGAGAAGGAGGGAGCUUAGGGGUGGUACUCCCCUUUUCUCUGAUUAUUGGAGGCAUUUCAGCCAUGGUUCUUGGGGCCACCCUCACUGUUGCAGCGUAUGUGAUGCUGUCGGCUAAACACCAGGUUACAGUCCGUGUUCCUCCGGAGAUAUCUGCCCUUCAUGCACUUAUUUCGAAUGUCCGUUGCGAUGCGGAAAGUUCCCUUCCAACAAGACAUGGGGCUGUCAUUAGCCGGAAAAUUGACAGUGCCAUUAACGAGUUGAUCGAUGGAUUCAUCGAGAACGAUGUAAUCCCAUGGUAUAAAAACUUAGUUAAUGAGACUACCCCAAGUACUGAGGCCCUCAGGAGCGUUUUGUGGUACAGUGUUGUGAACAUUAAUGAACGGUUGGCCCGUAUGGACCACGUACGCUUUGUUACUGGCGGUGCAGUCAAUUGUCUCACACGUCAUCUUGAGCACAUCAAGAUUGCUCAGGUUGCUGGUGAAGCUCGAGGGGAGAGAGGUAUAUUCCACCUAGUUCCUCAGUUAUGUUCACCUGAGAGAGAGAGAAACUUCCUUCGGCUGGUGGCAGAGAUGCUCAUUUCUCGCUGCCUCCCAUCAGAAUACUCCCGAUGUACACCACUGCGUACUCUACUCAAGGAACUCCUGGCUUGUAAAGUUUUUGAACCAAUGAUUGAUCGAGUCUGCGACCCAGACUGGAUUAAUCAGCAACUAGUGUCAUACCUAAGGCAGCAACAUGCAGCGGAAGAGCUACACCGCCGAACUUACAUGUAUGCAGCCAGUUAUGAAGACUUCAUCACACUCAUUCACGAUUCCACCGACAUUCACGACCUCGAGCAUCUCAGCUUUGACAACUUCUUAGAGUUGGUUUUAGCCUCUGAAAGCACGGAGGAUAUGCUCAGGAUCAGGCGAAAUAUAAUUAAUGAGAUCAUGCAAGCAACUGCUAUCAACAACCUGAAGAAAGCCAAAGGAGUGGACCUCAGCAGGGAAAGUACACCUCAAGGGUCUGGAAAGGGUGAUUUGCUUCAGGCCAGGAAUCUUAAGCGUUACAUCAACCAGCUGACCUAUGCUAAGGCCCAGUGUGAGCGCAGGAUACAUAUCCUCAACAGUGGAAAGGGAGCAGUUGAAUUGGGUGGAGGUGGAGGAGGAGUUGGCAGUUCAGAUGUUACGACAAGUUUGUCUGAUUCGUUCUCUCACUCUCUACAGAACCUACCUGGGAGGAAGAUUCUUAUGUUCCAAGCACUGCUAGAGUCUGCAUUUGCACGUCGUUACUUCUCGAUCUACCUCGACGAAAUUGGACAAGGUGCCUUCAUCAGUUUCUGGUCAGCAGUUCAAGAGAUCCGUCAUGCAGAUAAGAAGCUGCACCACCAGUUAGGAACAGAGAUCUACUAUACUUACCUUAGCCCUCAUCCUCCUCCAGUCAAGGUUGAUAAGCCGACUCUGCGUGGUGUAGAAGCUUUUCUUUUGGGCAACAGAGGCCCAGAAGUGUUGUAUGAAAUUGGAGAAGAGGUGGAGCGGACCCUGGAAGAGCGCCACUACACUGGCUUCUUGGUAUCGUCCACAUAUCAUGCUAUGCUCCAUCAAGCAGCUCUCCAGGGAGUGGAUUUCAUGACAGAAUGUGCAGAGGAAGGAGGUGUUGGCAGCACCGAGGGCAGCAGCACUGAAUCGGUGGAGCAGAUGCAGAUGCAGCUCUCUGAUCAUUCCUCCUAUGCCCGCAAUAAACUGGCGCACCUCCAGGAAAGACUUACCAAUAAACUCCUGGCAUUGCAAGCCUUGCGUCAGUGUGGGAAGGCAGAUGCUAAAGUAAUCACUCACCUAGAGGGGGAGAUCAGCCAGCUUCGCAGCGACCACAAGCUGCUGGAGACUCACGUGGAGAGAACAGGGCUUUGGAGUGAUAACAUUGGUCGUUGGCGAGUACAUGUCCAGAGCGUCCAGCUCAUUGAGGAAAAAGAUAUUCCACACCUGGUGUUAUUAGUUCACCUAAAUUCCGAAGAGAUAAAAAGCUCAUCAUUCCAAGAUCUUUCUUCAGCAUCUGUCUCGGCACCGUCUGCUGUAUCAGUGUUGUCCCCUGCUGCUGUGGAUGCCCUCGAUCCAUCUGCCUUGAGCUCUGGACCUGCACAUGGCUGGGUUAUCGUGAGGAAAUUGCCACAGCUUAUUGAUCUGCAUAGAAAACUAUGCCAAAUUGCUCCAUCGAUGAAAGCGGUGGAACUUCCUUCCGUGCCAGGCAAAAUGCUGUUUGGCAAAGUUGCUGACAAGGCUCAUCUGGAGAAAGUGCGAGUUGUGGCGCAGAAUUAUUUUGAUGCGGUUUUAAGCGACGAGAAACUGUCCAGCUCCGAGCUGAUAUAUGCAUACUUGUCGCCAUCCCCAGAACACUUAAAGCAAGUGCCAAUACAACGGAAGAAAUCAAAAUUCUCAUUUUCGACAUUCUUCAAAGGAGGGGAUGGUAAGAGUGACAGUGAUGAGGAGGAACUUGGGCUGAUAAUGGAUGCUGGGGAGACAUCAGCUGAUGGAGGGAGUGGAGAUGGAGGCAAAGACUCGGUGGCAGAACCGCUCUUCUCAUUCCUGGAAGAACUCUGCGAGCUUAGGGGUGUCAGCAAGUGGCUCAGGAAGACUUUGAUUUCCUUUGUUCAAAUCACAUAUGGGAAAACAAUUACCAAACAUGUGCGAGAAACUGUAUCAGGCAUGCUGAGCGAGUCAAUGGUCCUCUACUACAUGCACACAGUGAAAGACAAUCUUUGGCCAUCACAUAACGAGUUGCAAGCCAUCCGUCAAGCACGCACAGAGGAUGACAAACUUAGAACAAGGUUGCAUACAGUCAUUGUAUUUCUUUUUUUUUUUCAACAUGUCGGCCGUCUCCCACCGAGGCAGGGUGACUCAAAAAAGAAAGAAAAUCCCCAAAAAGAAAAUAUUUUCAUCAUCAUUCAACUCUUUCACCUCACUCACACAUAAUCACUCUUUUUGCAGAGGUGCUCAGAACACAACAGUUUAGAACCAUAUAUGUAUAAAGAUACACAACAUAUCCCUCCAAACUGCUAAUAUCCCGAACCUCUCCUUUAGAGUGCAGGCAUUGUACUUCCCAUUUCCAGGACUCAAGUCCGGCUAUAUAAAAAUAACCGGUUUCCCUGAAUCCCUUCACUAAAUAUUACCCUGCUCACACUCCAACAGAUCGUCAGGUCCCAAAUACCAUUCGUCUCCAUUCACUCCUAUCGAAUACGCUCAUGCACGCCUGCUGGAAGUCCAAGCCCCUCGCCCACAAAACCUCCCUUACCCCUUCCUUCAAACCUUUUUGAGGACGACCCCUACCCCGCCUUCCUUCUCCUACAGAUUUAAAUGCUCUCCAUGUCAUUCUACUUUGAUCCAUUCUCUCUAAAUGACCAAACCACUUCAACAACCCCUCUUCAGCCCUCUGACUAAUACUUUUAUUAACUCCACACCUUCUCCUAAUUUCCACACUCCGAAUUUUCUGCAUAAUAUUUACACCACACAUUGCCCUUAGACAGGACAUCUCCACUGCCUCCAACUGCCUCCUUGCUGCUGCAUUCACAACCCAAGCUUCACACCCAUAUAAGAGUGUUGGUACUACUAUACUUUCAUACAUUCCCUUCUUUGCCUCCAUAGAUAACGUUUUUUGACUCCACAUGUACCUCAAUGCACCACUCACCUUUUUUCCCUCAUCAUUUCUAUGAUUAACUUCAUCCUUCAUAAAUCCAUCCGCUGACACGUCAACUCCCAAGUAUCUGAAAACAUUCACUUCUUCCAUACUCCUCCUCCCCAAUUUGAUAUCCAAUUUUUCUUUAUCUAAAUUAUUUGAUACCCUCAUCACCUUACUCUUUUCUAUGUUCACUUUCAACUUUCUGCCUUUACACACA